GUUCUCAGAGCACGCUGCCCUCCAGCCAAUGAUAAUGCCAGAAGCAAGUGACGUCUAUUUGGGUGUGUUUCACGGAUACUCCAAUCGCACGCGCCACUCAGUCAAGGUUGGUUAGAUCGCAGGACCAGAGGAGCUGCUGCUGUCACUUCAGAAGCCCAGUCGUCCAUCCAGCACCAUGGGAAAGAAGAGUCGGGUGAAAACUCAGAAGUCGGGCUCAGGAGCCAGCGCUGUGGUUUCCCCCAAGGAGAUGAUGAACCUCAUCUCUGAGCUGCUGCAGAAAUGCAGCAGCGCAGCGCCCCCUGCUGGUAAAGAGUGGGAGGAGUACAUCCAAAUCAGAGGCCUGGUGGAGAAGAUCCGCAAGAAACAGAAGGGUAUGUCCAUCGUGUUUGACGGCAGCAGGGAGGACUACUUUCCGGACCUGAUGUCCUGGGCGCAGGAGAACGGAGCGUCCUGCGACAGCUUCACGGUGGCCGACUUUGGACCAGAGGGCUACGGCCUGCGGGCCACCAGGGACAUCAAGGCAGAGGAACUGUUCCUGUGGAUCCCCAGGAAGAUGCAGAUGACAGUGGAAUCAGCUCAGAACUCUGUGCUGGGUCCUCUGUACGGCCAGGACCGGAUCCUGCAGGCCAUGGGCAACGUGACGCUGGCCCUCCACCUGCUGUGUGAGCGGGCCAACCCUGCUUCAUCCUGGCUGCCGUACAUCCACAGUCUUCCUCAAGAAUACGACACACCGCUCUACUACCAGCAGGAGGACGUGCAGCUGCUGCUGGGAACACAGGCGGUACAGGAUGUUCUGAGCCAGUAUAAGAACACGGCACGGCAGUACGCGUACUUCUACAAACUAGUCCAGACUCAUCCUGCUGCCAGCAAGCUGCCCCUGAAGGACAGCUUCACGUUUGACGACUACAGGUGGGCGGUGUCCUCUGUUAUGACCCGUCAGAACCAGAUCCCUACUGAGGACGGCAGCCGGGUCACUCUGGCCCUCAUCCCCCUCUGGGACAUGUGUAACCACACAAAUGGACUGAUCACCACCGGCUACAACCUGGAGGAUGAUCGCUGUGAGUGUGUGGCGCUGCAGGACUACAAGGAGAAUGAACAGAUCUAUAUCUUCUAUGGCACGAGAUCCAAUGCUGAGUUUGUCAUCCACAACGGCUUCUUCUUCCAGGAUAAUGCCCACGACCGAGUUAAGAUCAAGCUGGGUGUCAGUAAGAGCGAACGCCUCUACGCCAUGAAAGCCGAAGUGCUGGCACGAGCUGGCAUCCCAGCGUCCUGUAUCUUUGCUCUGCACUGUAGUGAACCUCCAAUAUCAGCCCAACUCCUCGCCUUCCUGAGAGUCUUCUGCAUGACAGAGGAGGAGCUGAAGGACUACCUUCUUGGAGAUCGUGUCAUCAAUAAGAUCUUCACGCUGGGAAACAGCGAGUUCCCUGUCAGCUGGGACAACGAGAUCAAGUUGUGGACUUUCCUGGAGACUCGAGCUGCUCUGCUGCUCAAGACCUACAAGACCACCUCAGAGGAGGACCAGUCCAUGCUGGAAAAACCCGAUUUAUCUCUUCACUCCCGCUUGGCUAUUCAGCUCCGCCUGGCUGAGAAGCAGAUCCUGGAGAAGGCAUCAGCCAGCGGUCGGGCCAAACGUCUGCACUUCCAGAAGAAACAGGAGGAAGGUGCUCUGCUGCCGCGCUAUGAGGAAAGCGAUAUUGCUUUGCUUGAAAACACUGAUUCGGAUGCAAAGCUACCUAUUAUCUUGCGCAAGCUGGAGGAGGUGGAGGAAGGCCAGGAGAUCCCGAUGGAGGAGCACAGUCCCUUCCUGAACGGGGAGAAGGCGUUAUAUGGGAUGAGUAUGGAGGCCAAUGGAGAGAAAGUGCAGGAGGAGACUCAGAAAGUCAGCCAAGAUGUUGAUUCAGCUUUGGCCUCCAUUGGAAUUUCAAACCAGCACGGCCAAAGGGAAGUGGGUAACCUAAGUGCCAGUCGAACUGAAGAUAAUCCCAAAGAGAACAGUGAAUAAAUAUAUUCCACUUACUGCCACAACCCAUGCUAUUUAUUUAUUUUUGUGUCUCUUAAACGACUCAGAAAUAUAGAAGCUGAAAAAAAUUGAUUGAAAGUCAGAACUGUUUCGAGUGUACAUUCAUCCAGCGUGGCUUUUUUUAGUUGUCCGCUGCUGGACUGUCUCUUGGCCUUCUGUGCAGAAAAGGUUUUGGUUUAAAUUAGCUUUUGGUUAAGUUUGAAAUGUAGGAAACUGUUUGAGGCCUACUGCAUGAGAAGAAAAGAAGAGGGACACCACAGAAAGAACGGGUUCCAGCAAAAAGUUAGAGAAGAAAAAAAAACAGCUAAAGUGAGUUAGAUGAAAAUUAUUUCCACAAAGCCAAACUCUCACUUGAUUGUGUGAAUUAGUUGGUUUAUUACUGCAGUUUGUCUCCAUCUGUGUCUGGUAUGUUUUGAGUUGACAAUCGUAUUCUGUGGUGCAUCGUGGGGUGUGCUGCUGAGUAAAGACCAUCACUGCCCUCUAAGAAACCAUUUUAAGGUUAAAAAAGGACUGAAGGACACAAAGUUUUCUGUUUUCAGUCGAUGUCAGCUGUUAUCACUCUAUAGGACAGGCUUAAAUGGAAGAUGGUUUUGCUUUCUCAAUGAAAAAUAAUUGUGUUUUAAUUCUCUUUAUGAAUGUACUGUGUAGUUUAAACUGCAGUGAUUUUCCAUGGAGGUUAGUGAAGGGAUGAUCGCUGCUGUUGCCCCUGAUAAAGCCAUAAACACCACUGAGAGGCAGAAAGGUGUGUGCUUCGUGUUGGAAACUUUCUGUUCGACUGCCUUAAAAUGAGGCAACUGCAUCACGACACUUUGUGUACUAAACAAGACGACAGUAUCCGUGGAUUUUAUCCUCUGGUUGGUGUUAACUGGAGGGGUGACCCCAAUAACACUCUGGGCUCUGACUGAAAACCUGACAGCCACGGCAUCCUGGAGGAAAUAAUGUGGAACUUUGGCCAUAUAUGUUAUCACUUCCAACAUUUUAUCAGAUGUCAGGAAGUGACAGGUUGCACGUUACUCAUUAUUGUCAGCUAGUUUUUGAACUUAGAAAUAAUGGUAUAAAUGGAGUACUAUCUAAGAUUUUACGUGGCUUUGUGGGUUUAAAUGAGUUCAGUUCAGAUAAAUCUAUAUAAGCUGGUAAUGAAAUUAUACUGUCUGUUGGGUAAUAUGUAACAUGACAUGGCUGUACAGCAGUACCAAAGAUAGAGGACUUCUAGAAACAUCUCCAUUCCAUAGGUUGCUCUGGCAGGUUUGUCUUUUAUUUGAAAAUUUUUUCUUCAGUUCAUCUCAUAGUUGCAAUUCUAAUUUAAAGGAUUUCAAAAAUGUUCAUGUUAAAACAAAGAUCAGCCAACAGAUAUGUAAAAAUCUGUCAGCACUGUUCUGGAAAUUCAGGCCCUGGUGGGAAAACAAAGAACAGCUUUAAUGUGUUGCUGUACAGAUACGAUAGCAUGAGCAGUAGUUUAAGCUCAAAGCAGCAGCUACAGAUGUGAAUAAAAGUUUACAUCCACCAGUGAAGGCCGUGCCGAUGACAGUCUUGAGUGUCCAGUGACUCCUACUUUAAUGUUCUAUGAUGACUUACUCAUUGUAGUGCUUGUUCCUGAGUCUACUGAUGGUCCCUGUUUAAAUUGGCUCAGAGGAGUCAGCAGCUGUAGUCGACUGUAAUUAGAAAGUUAAACAGCCACAGCACUACCACCAGUGCUAUGUGUUAGUGCUAUUACACCAAUGUGAUUAACAGCUCGCUACGUCGCCAAAACUGAUAAUUCAAGUUGCUGUUUGUAUAUUUUUGUCAUAUUUCCAGAAGAUCUAUAAUAAAUCUAUGAAAGAACCAAAAUGCAUGAUUGUUUUUUUUUGUGACAGAGAUUCAUGUGUUUCACUGAUUCCAUGAGAGAAAAUUAGGGAUUCAUUGGAAACUCAAGACUGUUGAGAUACACAAGGUCUUUCCCAGUGUAUGUAAACUCUGGAUUAUCUUCUAGAGAACCUCUGUAGACCUCUAUUUAAAUCACGUAUCUGCUGAUUCUGGUUUGGAGAAAAUCAGUGCGAUCAAAGAAUCCAGACAUAAAAACACUGCUGAUUCCUUCUAGCUGAGCUCUUUUUUUAAUCACUGACUGCAGUAAAGUUGGAUCUAAAAGGUGAAACUGCUUUCCUGCAUGACCAGUAAACAUUUUCCUGAUGAGUUUAUGUCUCAGUCGCGGAUUUCCAGACUGUUUGAAUACAGAAUGGUGUUCAUUUAGUAAAUCAUGGUUGCAUUUAGAAGAAGACAGACAAUAAAGCAGACUGUGUUUUAGGUUGGAGCUACCAUAUCGCCAUAAGUCAUGUCCUCAGCUUGGCAACAGCCAAAUUCCAUACUUAAAGCUUCAUAAUAUUUUUCAUAAUAAUAACAUUAUGAAUAAUAAUUCACAAUGUUUGAAAACCAAUGGGUGACUCCACCUUUGCUGUGCCAGUCUUUUCUAUACAGUCUAUGUUUUACAUCCAGUAAAUUCAGCUGUGUGAAGCCCUUAGUACUGAAUAAUGUAAUCACUUUUAAUGUAGAUUUCUAUAACCCAGUUUGAAAUACUGGAAUGAAAUGUGUCACUGAUGCUCACAAACUGAAGUUUCUGUAAAAGUGGUUCCAGUUGUGAACCUUUAAAGCAGUAAACUGAUAGCUGAAUCCUCUAAUCAGACAUGAAGUUAGAAUUUACUCACAUAUGUUCUGCUAGAUGGACCUCCUGCUUUCAAAAAUCCAUUCUUCACAAUUAGCUUUGUUGUUGUCUAUUUGCAUUUUCACAUCUGGCAAAUACAAACCUGUGAAAGUAGCUUCUUACUGUAAACAGUUAUCAUCUGAAAUAGUCAUUUUAUGUGCUUUGUUGACUGAAAGGGAAUGAGUAAACCUGGCAGGUUUAGCAUACAGUAGAUGUUUUAAUGUGAAGUAGAACGAUCAUCCAACAGAUCCUUUAAGGAACAGCUCUUCAGACUGUGAUUGGUCAGCCAGUGGUAGGAAGUCAUUG